GCCGAAGAGAGCAAAGUCCGCGCGAAGCACCCAGAGGAGCCGGGCUGGGAAGGCCAACGCCCGGGGAGAGCUCCCGGCCAGCCAGCCGGGUUCAUGCAGUCGCUGGCCGGCCCGGUGCUGCGCGCCUUCCUGCGGGAGUUCCCGGGCGGGCUCCUGUUCGUGGGCGUCUUCCUGCCCGGGGCUCUGCUGCUGCUGCUCCUCAUCGCCUGCUUCCGGGCCCAGCUGCUGGAGGGCAGCUGCCAGGCAAAUCUGAGAAUCAGUCACCAGGGUUUACUCCAUCUUCCUCCAGAAACAGAAGCCCAAGUUCUGCCUCUGGUGGCUGCCAGCCCACCGUCUCACCACGGUGCUGAGAGAUGACUUUAAUCACAUAUGUUCUCAGCAGCAAGCAUAACCAAGAAGUUUAAAGCAAGAUCCAGGUAAGAUGGGACUGAAGAAUACCCAAUGAAGUUAUCAUCAGAUUCGUGAACCUUUUUUAAUUAGGGGACCACCAAAAUGUUAGUAUUCCCACAGAGAGAACAGCAAACGUUGGUUGUCUACUGAACAUGACCAAGCAGGCACAUGGCCACACCUCUGCUUCCUGUGUGCACAGUCUGUCUCCGUCUAUCAUUGUCACAGCUUCUGCCCAAAGGAGCCACCUCCACCUCGCCACGUCUCCACCUUUCCUGCUCUCAGGUCCCACAUCUGCCCCAAAGCGUCUUAUUAGGGAUCACAGAUCUUUUCAUGCCCCAAAUGGCCUCAACCCAACAGUUCCGAAUCUGAUACCUAAUGUUCUAUUCUUGGAAAUAAUUCUCUGUUAGAGAUAUAAUGUACCUCCAACUUGAAACUUUCAAUAAAAUUCUUCAAUGGGUGUUAA